GUGGUGAAUGGUGUAUUCACAUUGUUAACAUUAAUAGUUCACCCAAAAAGGAUUCGUAAUUUACCAAGAGCUAUAAAGAUAUUAAUUGGAUCACGUAAAAGAAAUCAAAGAUUGGAUGAGGAAUUACCAUUAGAUGUGAAAAUCACUCAAAAACUUGUAAAUGAAUCAUACGAGUGGUAUAUUUAUGAAGGUGAUAAAUCUCUUAUUUGUUCGCCAAUAAAGCUUUGUUUGGUUCUAACUUUAUGGAAUAUAGGUAGCUUAUCACAAUAUGGCAUUUGUG